CCAUUUAGGACGUAUGCAGAAAACGCCCACUUCCUCUACUAUUCAUCUUCACUGGAAAAAGCUGGGACCAUGGUUGUCGUUUGAAAACGGAUCGGUGUGAUACAGAUUGCAAGGACGGACAGAGUCAAAAAAAAAGCCUGUUUCAGGUGUCAGCUGGUAAAACGUGUGAGGGUGAGUGAGUGAGCGAGCGAGUGUGUGUGUGUGUGUGUGUGAGUGUGUGUGAGUGCGUGUGCGCGUGCUUGCAGGCACGUGUGUUUGCCCAGCCCAGUCAGUAUUUGGAGUGGAAUACGGCCUGAACACAUCACAGAGGGACAAUGAGUGAGCUGGAACAGUUGAGGCAGGAAGCCGAGCAACUACGCAGUCAGAUCCGGGAUGCCAGGAAAGCCUGCAGUGACUCCACUCUGUCACAGAUCACAGCUGGUCUGGACUCAGUGGGCCGGAUACAGAUGCGGACGCGACGCACUCUCAGGGGCCACCUGGCCAAGAUCUAUGCAAUGCACUGGGGUAGCGACUCCAGGUUACUUGUCAGUGCCUCACAAGAUGGAAAGCUAAUCAUCUGGGACAGCUACACGACAAAUAAGAUGCACGCCAUCCCUCUGCGCUCUUCCUGGGUGAUGACGUGCGCCUAUGCCCCCUCUGGGAACUAUGUGGCCUGCGGAGGCCUGGACAACAUCUGCUCCAUAUACAGCCUGAAGACCCGCGAGGGCAACGUGCGCGUCACCCGAGAGCUACCCGGACACACAGGUUACUUGUCCUGCUGUCGUUUCCUGGAUGACAACCAGAUACUGACCAGCUCGGGAGACACCACCUGCGCAUUGUGGGACAUAGAGACAGGCCAGCAGGCCACGUCCUUCACUGGCCACACAGGGGAUGUGAUGAGUUUGUCUCUAAGCCCGGACUACAAGACCUUUGUGUCAGGAGCCUGCGACGCCACCUCCAAGCUGUGGGACAUCCGUGAUGGCAUGUGCAGGCAGUCCUUCACCGGCCAUGUGUCCGACAUAAACGCUGUCACCUUUUUCCCCAAUGGGAAUGCCUUUGGCACAGGCUCAGAUGAUGCCACCUGCAGGCUGUUUGACCUGCGUGCCGACCAGGAGCUGAUGAUGUACAGCCACGAUAACAUUAUCUGCGGAAUCACCUCCGUGGCUUUCUCCAAGAGUGGCCGACUGCUCCUGGCCGGCUACGAUGACUUCAACUGCAACGUCUGGGACACUCUGAAAGGCGAGCGUGCAGGUGUGCUUGCGGGCCACGACAACAGAGUGAGCUGCUUAGGGGUGACAGAAGACGGCAUGGCUGUGGCCACCGGCUCCUGGGACAGUUUCCUCCGGAUCUGGAACUAAGGAAACCUCUUCCCUGUUGUACUCAAUCACUGCCCUCCAACUUCCUCCCCGCAACCCCACCCUACAUAUCCCAACUUAUCUGCUGGGCUGGACAUGCGGGGUACACACUGUGUCAGCCGAAAUCCUCUAAUGACACCCCCAGUUCUGUGCUCUAUUGGCGACCUGCCCACUUGUGAGAAAGUACCAACUCUUUCUACCUUUCAAAGUGACGUUUUUUUCACCCAGCUAUUACACAAAAACAAAAAUAAGAACCUUUCAAUAGAGUUGUCCAACCAGAAAUAAAAAAGAGAUGCGUUGAAUCUGAAAAAUAGAAGAUUUCGACCUUAUACCAAUUCUCUAGAAGGCGAUAAAGAGCGUCUGUUACCAUGAACAAGAUCAGCGUUGGUGUGUAAUAUGUAAAUGUAUAUAUAAAGACAGUAUAUAUGUAUAGCAUUAUGUGUGUAUAUAUGCAUCAUAUAUGCAUAUAUAAUGUGUAUGUAUAUAUUUUUGUAGUUAAUUUCCCACCCUUGAGUUUUUUUUAAUGAUUUUGGGGGUUUUAUGUUUUAUUUUAAAUGUACAUAAUCACAAUUUCUACACAACAUAAUGCCAGAAACACUUUUAUCCUGUGUGAGUACCAGCAUGUCAGACCAUUUAGACACAGCAGCGUAUUGUAAUUUCACCUAACAAAUCACCUUUCAUUUUCUAAAAUUUCUGGUACUUGCUGAUGUAGUUAAGUCCACUCAUCCAGCAACAAAAGAGGAUAUAGCUAGCAAGCAAAACAAUUUGCAAACAUUUGGCCCAGCUAAACUUAUUUUCCUUAGUGUGUGUGUGUGUGUGUGUGUGUGUGUGUGUGUUAUGGUUACAGCCAGUUGGCAUAACUUGUGCAUCCUGUAUCUUCAAAUGUCGUGUCCAUGUGAAUGAUGGCUAUGAUGGUAUUUUUUAUUUUCUUUUAACAAUGCGACCCCUGGCAUCCCUCACCAGUCUUUACAUUAGGAAGGAAACCGUCACACUGCUGUGGUAGUGAUUUAGAGAGAGAGCUUCAAAACCAACAAGCAGCGUUUAGUCUGGAUUCAGCUUUAGCUCCAAAGUAGAAACCAGUGAAUUUAAGGCUAAGAUAGAAAACUUUAGUUAACUGGAGGCCCUGCCUUGGCCUCUGCUCAAAUCGAUUGUGGUUUCAAAUCAUCGGAUGCUGAGUAUCUGAAGACCACACUCAUUCCAUGCAAAUCAACAACUGUGUGACAUGUUCGACCCAACAAUGGUCAGAAACAGAUGUUUUGCAUCAUAAUAUCUUCGUCUCCUGUGGCCUAUAGAAUCUACACUUUUCCUUAAAGUCGAGACAACGAGCAUCUCAAGUUGCCCAUACAAAUGACACUGAUGGAGAGAAGGGCAUCGCAAAGAGGGAGACCUUUUCCUCAAGCAGAAGCUGUUUUCUAUUUGUGAGCCUGUAUGGACACAUGGUCGAGCGGUCAGUCAUUAAAUGAGGAUUUUCAAGGACCAUAAAGGACAGCAGUGACUCUGCCAGCGGCCUCUGAGGACUAGAGAAAAGAUGAGGAGAGAGGCAGAAAGAUGUCUGAGCUCACAAUGUCAUUAUCUUCUUUCUUUUUUUUUUCUAAAAUGAAGGAUCAACAAGUCCUUUUUGUUGUUGGCAAGGUGUGAAAUAAUCAACUGUGUGGAAAUUAAUUCAUGUUAGCCACUCCAAAAUCACACCAGUACCACCACACGCCUGUUUUAAAAAGAUAAAAAGGGAAGGGGAAAAAGGGUUGAAUUUAGUUUUUUUUCUUUCCUCACCAGAACCAUGUUAAGAACUGUUAAAUAUAGCUAGUGAAGAAAGUACACUUGGUAGACAGAAAUGUACACUUAGUAGAGCGCUAGAAAUGCACUCACAAACUAGUACAAAUGUAAACCAUUGAGCACGUGACUUAUUUAGCUAUAGAAGUGGUAUCAGUGGAGUAUUUUCUCAUCACGCAUCUUCCACUAUUUUGGUUCCUCCAAAGGCUUAUUUUUUGAAAAAUUAAUACACAUAAUGUAUGUGAGUUGGACCUAUCCAUCGGCUGUCACAGGUGCCUAUCUCUAAAUAUAAACAUUUAACCCACAUGGACUGGAGAAAGGAGGGUUUGUGCUCCUGUGAGAUGUGGCACUAUUGUCUCCAUUCUGCCUUACGAUACCAUUCAUAAUAGAAGGUAAUACUAGCAUUGACUGCAGUAAUGUUUUCCACUUACGAUUCCUUUUUUACACACUGAUCAAUAAGAAAGUUUGCUAAUCAUUUUUCUUUUCCCAAUAGAAGCAUAUUCUGAUACUAGUAAACACUAAAAAAAGCAUGCUUACAGAAAAACCACCACGACCACAUGCAGCUCCAUAAUGCUUCUUAAAGCAAGUGUUUUACAUCACUUUUUAUACAAUUGUGCUUUCUACUACUACCGUACAGAUUGUAGUAUUUAUUUAGGUUCAAUCAGCUAUCAGUGAAACCCCUCAUUGGCAUACCGUGAUUCUAGUGACUUAUUUUUAGUUUUUAUGUUUUAGCUGCUUCUACUUGGCUUUGCAUUAAUGAAUCAAUUGUGAGAGAAUGUUAAGAAAUAACAGUCAGUUUUUAGCCUGAGAAUAUCUUUGAGGUGUGUAGGAUGUGAUAUGUAUUGCAUAUCAGUGUUGAGGGUGGUUGUGUGUGUGUGUGUGUGGGGGGGGGGGUGAUUUGCUGAUGUAUGUGGAGAACAUAGAUCUAAGUGUUACUUCCUCAUUUGUGCCAAUGUUAUCCACAGACCCUGAGCUGUGAACUGAAAACUAGUCAGUGUGACAAAAACAGUGUUUGCUCACUUUACUCAAGUGCCACCCUUCCCCAUAUCCAUCAGUUAAAGUCACAUCAGUACCUGAUUUUACACCCAAUCUGUUGUCUGAUCAAACAGGCGGAUCUCUAAAGAUGGGUUUUGGUAUCCUUAAGUGUUAUUAAGUUUACAGCGCUUAUUAACAAUAAAGUUUCUUUUUAAGUCAGUGGAAAUCGGACGUAAAGAUGAUCGAAAGACGAUAUGCAAUUAAAGGAAGAGCUAAAUAUUUUUGUGAAAUGUGGCUUUCUGGCAGUUGGCAGCCUGUUAGCUUAGCACAAAGACUGAAAACAGAGGGAAACAGCUAGCCUGGUUCUGUUAGGUAAAAAAAAAUCUGCCUUCCAGCACCUCUGAACCUCAAAAAUGAUCGUGUUAUAUCUAAUUUGUUUAACAAAAAUCAUAUUGUAAAAACGACAAUUUGCUGGAUUAUUUCUUGGCUCAAAUGCUAGCUGUAACUUCCUUGAGUUUCCACCUAUUUCUUGUUCAUCUUAAAUAAAAUUAUGAUGGGCAAACACUGUUAGUGUUUGACAGAGCCUAGGCUCGCCGUUUCAACUUUGUGCUAAGCUAGCUGGCAGCCAGCAGUAGCCUUUGUUAACAGGCAGCAUUUGGAGCAGUCUUCUCUAAGUAUGGCUAAGUAUACCCCCCCCCCCCCCCCGCUCUUUUAUAUCUGAGCUGUGUCAAAUUAGGGUACACUGUACUGUAUAUGUACUGUAUCAUUACUGACAGUGAUGAUUCAGCAGGCAACCAAUUCCCGCUCUGUGUAGUUGAGCAGUAUUAUAGCAGCUGGAACCUGAAAUAGUAACACUUCUACGUGCCUGUGCAGUUCUCUCAUCUAAGUAGUGCAGUAAACUCAUUAAUCAAAAAGGUGCUUGACUUAGUUUAAUUUCACAUUGUUGUAUUUACCUGAAGUCUCUGCUCCCAGUUUAUUCUCUCCACUACACAACUUUUAUGAAGCUGUUCAAUCGGCUUAUUUGAUGUUCCAAAAAUUUGUUGCAUUUACAGUAUUGUCUGAAGUACCAAGCUCAAUGAACCUGAAUCUGUGACUUCUUUGGAAGUUUGUAUGUUUUGGCAGUAGAUUUUGACGAUCAAUUUAAGUCGCCGUUGAUACUCACAGUGCUAAUGUCUAACUUCAAAGGGCAGAUGUAAACAAACGUGGAACUCCUGCACAUGUUCAGUUUCGAGGACUGCAUUUGCACGAUCCUCCAAUUUAGUAUCUGAAUAUGGAGGGGGGGGGGGUGUAUUUUCAAUAAAAAAAAAUCAAUGUCACCCCAUCACUUGAAUUGGUUAUGUAACAUGAUUCCCGCCACCACACAAUCACAAAAUAAUGCACUGCCCUUUGACUCUACAACCUACUGUUCUGACAUUUGUUUUGAUUUUAUUUAUUGUUUUUUGUUAUAAGCCAGUAAAGACCAGGGACUUGGUGCCAUGAUAAUUCUUACAGUGCUAUUGUGUGAAAUUAUAAUCACUUGUUAUGAAUAAUUUUUAUAGUCUUUUUCACACCAGACCCUUUUUUUGUAUUUGUACAGUGGCUUGGUGAUACCGAUAUGUUGCCAUGAGUUAUUGUAACCAAUAAAAAGCUUCUAACCAAGAAUAC